ACACGGAGAUAAUGAUCUGCGGCGUCACUGUGUAUAAAAAAAAAUGGAUCCGUGGCAGUCUUGUCAAUCGAGGUUGAACAUUUCGGAUAAAAACACUUUAAAAUUCGAGGAUAAUUUCAUCGAUAAACUACCCGACCACAAAGAAUAUUUGGCGGUUCUCGAAGGGAAAUUGCUGAAAAUCAAGAACGAUCCCAACAUACUCCAACAAUUGGCGGCGAAGAAAGAGGUGUAUAUGCGACAACUGUUAAACGAGGAAUCUGAACGCUAUUUUGAAUACUCGUCGUUGGACGAACCCAUUUCCAGCUCGCAAAUCGUUCGCGCUAUAUUAACCCAACGGCAAGCUCUCAAUCAAGGAGAAAUUCUUAACAUUAUAAAGUAUGAUGAACUAGGUAGGGACGAUAAAGAUCCGGCUGUAAAUACGCCACCUACAGAAAACCGCAGUCCUUGAAUUUAUUAGGUUCAAGGAAUCGAUGAAACCGUUAAUGUUUUUGCUGAAACUAGCGUGGGACUGUAGGUACAGAUUGCCUCUGCUUAUAGUGGUGGGUUUUAUGGUUUUGGACAUACGAAUGCAGUUGGACAUUAACGUACAAAUAAG